UGAAUCCUUCUUUUUUUCCAUUGUUCCAGCCUGCACACCGCUCGCCAGGUGCAGCAGUAAUGGCGGCAGGUGCUUCAACUUGAAGAGUAACUACCAGUGUGAUGGCACUAUCUAUACAGAAGGAUGCAGUCACACGAACUGUGGUUGCUGUAUCCCUGAUCCUACCAUCUGUAUUCCAAAGCCUCAAUGUGACGCUGGAAGUGGCACUUGCAUGAAACCUGCACAAUGGAACACUUGUGAUUACGUAAUUGACACAAAUGGCUGCUAUGGAAAAGACUGCGCUUGCUGUAGGCAAGGAGGUUGUACAAGAAAGGACGUCUGUAAAAACAACGGUGGUUUCUGCUUCGAUACCACCAGUAAUUAUGCAUGCCCUGGAACCAGCUAUAAAAAUGGAUGUGAAGGCGCAAACUGCUCUUGUUGUUUCCCAGAUCCUACAACAUGCAUCAAACUGGAUACAUGUGGCAUUAAUGGUGGCUGUAUCAAAGGAACUAAUGUGAGCAAUUGCUAUGGCAUAAUUGACAAACCAAGCUGCCUUGGUACUGACUGCACUUGUUGCAGAGAUUGUACGCGAAAUCAGCAGUGCACUGCUGCUAGUGGUUACUGUUACAACAACCAGAGUACCUACUCUUGCUCAGGCACUAUCUACAAACAAGGAUGCACUGAAUCUCAAUGUUACUGCUGUGUUUCUGAUACUUCCAUCUGUAUCAAAUUACCUAAUUGUGAGAGCGCUGGCGGAUCGUGCCUGAAACGAACAAGCUGGACAACUUGCAAUGGCUCAGUUGACUCAACUACCUGCCUUGGCACUGAUUGUGCCUGUUGCAAGCCAGGAGUUUGUACACCAAAACCCAUCUGCACGAACAAUGGAGGUUACUGCUUCGACACCACUAGUGGUCAUGUAUGCAGUGGAACCCAGUAUGACGAUGGGUGUGAUGGUACAGCAACCUGUUCUUGUUGUUUCCCAGAUCCCAAUGUUUGUAUCGAAUUAGAUGCAUGUGGUGGCGACCGUGGCACAUGUGUGAAAGAUUCUGCCUUGGCAACAAGUUGCUUUGGCGUACCAUAUCCAGAACAUUGCCUAGGAAACGAUUGCGUUUGUUGCCAGGAUUGCACACCUAACACCCAGUGUUCUGACAACGGAGGCUUCUGCUACUACAGCCAGAGUGCCUACUCAUGCUCAGGCAAUAUCUACCAAGAAGGAUGCAGUGAAGCAACCUGUCAUUGUUGCAUUAAUGAUACUUCCCUCUGUAUUGAAUUACCCAACUGUGAAAAUGCUGGUGGAACAUGCAUGAAACCAGACGAAUGGAAUACUUGUGUUGGAGAGGUUGACUCAACUGACUGCCUUGGCACUGAUUGUGCCUGUUGCAAGCCAGGGGUUUGUACACCAAAACCCAUCUGUCAGACCAACGGCGGUUACUGCUUCGACACCACUAGUGGUCAUGUAUGCAGUGGAACCCAGUAUGACGAUGGGUGUGAUGGUACAGCAACCUGUUCUUGUUGUUUCCCAGAUCCCAAUGUUUGUAUCGAAUUAGAUGCAUGUGGUGGCGACCGUGGUACAUGUGUGAAAGAUUCUGCCUUGGCAACAAGUUGCUUUGGCGUACCAUAUCCCUAACAUUGCCUAGGAAACGAUG